UCCCGACAGCGAGCUCGAUGCUGAGGGUCAUCCAGAGAGCCUUGAGACCCGCGCGACUCGUCGGAGUUCGCUUCCACGCAGAAGGGGAGGGAGGACGACCCGAAUGGCAAGAUCCCAAAUCCGAGGAUGAAGUAGUCAAUAUAACGUAUAUAACGAAGGACGGUGACGAAUACAAUGUUCGGGGAAAGGUAGGAGACAAUGUUAUGUAUCUCGCACAUCGCUACGGAAUCGAAAUGGAGGGAGCAUGCGAAGCAUCUCUGGCCUGCACCACAUGUCACGUUUAUGUCCUCGGAGAUCAUCUAGAAAGGAUUCCAGGGGCAACAGAAAGGGAAGACGAUCUUCUAGACUUGGCGCCUUUCCUCAAGGAGAAUUCGCGUCUUGGUUGUCAGAUCAUACUUUCGAAAGAGCUCGAUGGUCUGAGGAUACAACUGCCCCGAGCGACGCGGAACUUCUAUGUCGAUGGCCACGUACCCCAGCCGCAUUAG